AUGGCACAUACAGUUAGAGCAUGCUAUUUGGCACUUAUUUUUGUCAUCAUGUCGCCAUUGGUUCAAACAACAAUAGAUGUGUGCAAGAGAGGAGAUGUGACUGUGGAGCCUUCCCGUGUCCUUCCACUUGGAUCUGCUGUCAAUAUUUCAUGCUCUUUAAAGCCCAAGCAAGGCUGCUCUCCAUAUUCCAAUUUGAACAGGUUAAGCCUCUACAAGUUUCACCAAAAAAUAAAGUUCCAGCUUGGCCACUCCCUCAGUUCGCAGGUCUCAGGUCUUCCUCUGGGCACAACAGUGUUUGUCUGCAAACUGGCCUGCGGCAGUAGUGAGGAGAUCCAGAUUUGUGGGGCAGAGAUCUCAGUUGGUGUUGUUCCAGAACAGCCUCAAAACUUAUCAUGCACACAGAAGGGAGAACGUGGGACUGUGGCCUGCACCUGGGACAGAGGACGGGACACCCACCUACCUACUGCGUAUACUUUACAGUUAAAUGGACCAAAAAAUUUAACUUGGCAGAAGACAUGUAAUGAUUAUUACUGUGACCAUUUGGACCUUGGAAUCAACCUAACCCUGGAAUCACCUGAAUCCAGUUACACAGCCAGGGUUACUACCAUCAGUGAUCUUGGAAAUGCUUCUUCAUUUCCAUCCACAUUCACAUUCUUGGACAUAGUGAGGCCUCUUCCUCCGUGGGACAUCAGAAUCAAAUGUGCAAAUGAUUCUGUGAGCAGGUGUACUCUUCAGUGGAGAGAUGAGGGGAUGGUGCUGUUUAAUCGACUCAGAUAUCGGCCCAGUAGCAGCAGGUCCUGGAAUAUGGUUAAUACUACAAAUGCCAAAGGAAGACAUGAUUUGUUGGAUCUGAAACCAUUCACAGAUUAUGAAUUUCAGGUUUCCUCUAAACUACAUCUUUAUAAAGGCAGUUGGAGUGACUGGAGUGAAUCAUUGAGAAUGCAAACACCAGAAGAAGAGCCUACGGGGACAUUAGAUGUCUGGUACAUCAGACAGAACACUGACUACAGGAGACAACAGAUUUCUCUGUUCUGGAAGAAUCUGAGUGUAUCAGAGGCAAGAGGAAAAAUCCUCCACUAUCAGGUGACUUUGCUGGAGGUGACUGGGGAGAAAGCCACACUACAGAACAUCACAGAACAUACCUCCUGGACCUGGGUCAUUCCCAGAACUGAGAACUGGGCUGUGGCUGUGUCUGCAGCUAACUCAAAAGGCAGUUCCCUGCCCACUCGUAUUAACAUAACAGACCUGUGUGGGACAGGGUUGCUGGCUCCUGGCCAGGUCUCUGCAAACUCAGAGGGCAUGGACAACAUUAUGGUGAUGUGGGAGCCCCCUGGGGAAGCCGCCUCUGCUGUCCAAGAGUACGUGGUGGAAUGGAGGGAGCUCCAUCCGGGGCGCGGCACACGGCCCCCUCUGAACUGGCUACGGACUCCCCCCUACAACGUGUCCGCUUUGAUUUCAGAGAACAUAAAACCUCACAUCUGCUAUGAAAUCCGUGUGCACGCACUGUCAGGGCACCGGGGAGGAUGCCGCUCCAUCCGGGGUGACUCUGCGCACAAAGCACCACUGAGUGGCCCCCACAUUAAUGUCAUCACAGAGGAAAAGGGGCGCAUUUUAAUUUCAUGGGACGAAAUUCCAGCCCAGGAACAAAUGGGCUGCAUCCUCCAUUACAGGAUAUACUGGAAGGAACAGAGCUCCACUUCCCAACCUCGAUUUUGUGAAAUUCCCUAUAGUGUCUCCGAAAAUUCACAUCCAAUAGACAGUCUGCAGCCCAGAGUGAGAUACGUCCUGUGGAUGACAGCUCUGACAGCAGCUGGCGAAAGCCCCCGAGGAAAUGAGAGGGAAUUUUGCCUGCAAGGUAAGAACAACUUUAGAGGUGGAGAGUCCACCCUGGGUUCCCACACAGGUGGUAAAGCCAAUUGGAGCACAUUUGUGGCAGCGAGCAUUUGCACUGCUAUCAUCAUGGUGGGCAUUUUCUCAAUGCGUUGCUUCCGGCAAAAGGUAUUUGUUCUCCUGUCAGCCCUCAGACCUCAGUGGUGUAACAGAGAAAUUCCAGACCCAGCGAACAGCACUUGGGCCAAGAACUAUCUCAUUACGGAGGUAAAGUAUAAAGCCUCAGUGGUCAGUUGA